AUGGAUAACCUGUGCAAAUAGUAUCUAAUAUUCAAACAAAUUGAUCAAAUUAAUCUCUAAGAGUAUUGUUUCUACUCCUUGGAUAAAGAUAAGCACUUAUCAUUUAUAUAUAUUAAUGAUGGCUCAGCAAAAAUAGAAUGCACAGAAUUCGAAUUGGUUGAAUUAAAUACUCUAUCCUCAAAGAGCUAAGGGUUUCUCACAAGUGUGACUCAGAAGCUCAAAGAAAUGUUAUCAAGGAUAAAGCCUAAAGAUGAGUAAGAGAUAUUAUGUAGUCUUUCAUUAGAUUAGAUAUUUGUACAUAGAAUGAGUGAAGAAAUCUUAAUUCCUAGGUAUAUCAUUAAGCAACUUAAGAGAUCUAAGUACAGAGAUGUAUUUAUUACUAACUUCUUUUAAAAUGUUAAGAAUCAUGAAAUGAAGGAUCCCAAUGAUUUUUAUACUUCAAACAAAUAAAAUGUAAACACCAUGAAAAAAAUUAUGAAAAAUAAAUUAGAUUUAAAUGACUAAGUGAGCGAUUAGAUAAAAUAGCUAUUUGAAACAUUCUUUUAAGUAUCUAUUGAGAAUAUUGAAAGAAUAUCUAUAAAUAAGAAAUGGAUAUAUAAUAGAAAUGGUGUUGAGAAACAAAACAAAUAACAUUGUUGUUAUAUUGCUUUAAAAUAAUUUCAUCAGACUAAUUUAGUAGAUAAAAAGAAAUUGCCUGAAGAGGACAUAAAAUCAAUUGAGGAGUUUUUUCUUAACAAAUUACUUGUAGAAGGAAAGUAAAUUGAUAAAUAAUGUAUAGAAAUACAAAAUUAUCAAUAAAAAAAUCAAUCGGGACUUAGAUUAACUGCCACUUAAAUUUAUCACAUCUGCGAAUAAGAGAAUUAUCAAAAAAAGAGUUCACCUUCAAAUGAAGCCCAAAAGCAUGGCGAAGCACAUGAAAAGAUAGCUUUAAAUGAAUAUGCUCGUUUGCAUCCUGAUAUUUAAUUGAAAUAAACAGAUGUUCUGUUCAACAUAUCCUAUCCCUACUUAUGUGGAAAGCCUGACGCUUUAGUUUAUGAUUUGAAUAAUAAUUUAAUAGGAUUGGUAGAAGUCAAGUCUCCCUUUAUAAAGAAGGAACUUAAUAUGAAUCAAGAUGAAAAUUUCUUAUUAGAUUAUAUAUUUGUGGAUCAAUAAAAUGUUCAUUAAUUGAAAAGGAAUCAUUAGCAUUAUUAUUAAGUGUAAGUAUAUUUGCUGAUUACUGAAUUAUGUUGGUGUGAUUUUAUUGUGUCUACACUUCGAGGGAAUAGAGUAAUUAGGGUGUUAAGAGACGAAAUAUGCAUAAAACAGAUAAUAAGGAAAUCGGAGUUUUAUCAUUUUACUCAGAUAUUACCUCGGUAUUGCUAAUUGCAGAAGAAAUAAUUAGAGGAAGAGGAUUUGGAAGUAAUAAGGAACAAAAAAGUAUUUAAUUGA